AUGCUGGCCGCGCCCGCGCCGGCUGUCGCCGACAGCUUUAUCGCCGAGAGGCGCGGCAACCUCGCCCUGCUGGACGAGCCGCGAAUGCUGGACGCGCAGAAUUUUCCGAUCGCGCCGGACGAUCUUAUCGCUAAAGCCAAAGAUUUUAUCGCAGCUGAUUACGGCGCGGAGGACCCCGGGAUGCUCGCGGACGCGUUUUCCUUUGUCGGCCCGUUUAUCGGCCCGCUCAGCAAGCAGCAAUACAUCGACGCGCUCGGUGGCAAGUUUAACCCUGCCGAUGGCUUUCCCGACCUGAUCGGUCGGCAGUUUGGCUUUUCGGCCGACCCGAUCGAGCCCGGCCGCGUGUGGUGGGUCUCGCGCCCCGUCGGGACCUUUUCGCGGCCGUUUUUCGGCGCAGAGCCCGACGGCCGACGCAUCGAGACGCCGCCUCAGGCGAUGGGAUGCGUCUUUGACGCGGCUGGCAAGGUGACGCGCAUCAACGUCGGUGCGGUGAUCGACCGCACGCAAGGCAACACCGCUGGCCUGGGCGGCCUGUUUGGCUUUCUGUGGUUCGUGGGCAAGGCGCCGCCCGCACCCGAGUACCAGCCCUUCAAGAAGUCGUGGCAGUUUGAGCUGCUGGAGAAGCUGGGGCCGCUGCUGACGAAGCUGCAGGCUGCCGCGCCGCAGAAGUAA